AUGGCCAACAUCACAUACCGCGACGCGACCGAGGCCGACCUGGCGUCCAUCCGCACCAUCGAAGAGUACUAUGCCCUCAACACCCACUCCUCCCUCCUGACGGGAGUGCCGACGCUCUCCGAUAUGAGCGCGCGGUUCCGGCACCUGCUCGCCACCACCAUGCCGUACCGCGUCGCCGUGGACGUCGCCCUGGUGGACCCCGGGGUGAUCGGGUACGCCUACCUGCUGCCCUCCAACGACGCGUACCGGCCGACGGCGGAGCUGCGGCUGUGGGUGCACCCGGCACGGUGCGGGCAGGGCGUGGGCACCCAGCUCGUGGAUCACCUGCUGCGGAUGAUGCGCAACUGGAAGGUGGUGCCGCAGUUCCCGGGCGAGCUGCCGACGGCGACGUCGAGCGUGCUGGUGAGGAAUGUGAUCGCGGUGCAGGUGAUGGACCCGUUUGGGAGGGAGGGCGGCGAGGCGGCGAGGCGGUUCUUCAGGAAUCGGGGGUUCCGGGAGCGCGGAUGGUUGCGCGAGGUUGCGUUUAAGCGCGGACAGUGGCUUGAUGUGAUUUAUUGGCAGUUUUCGACCCUCGGACACGCUGGAGGAGGAUGGUGA